AUGUCAUACAGGUUAGGGGGUUUGCUUAUACACUAAUCACUCAAAUAGAGACAGCACAAAUCUUCUAAUAACAGUGAAGUUAAUUUAUAUUUUAACACCAACAACAUUGUAAACAAAGUAAUUUUUGCCAAUCAUAUAAGUGGUCCUGGCUCAAGAUGACGACUGCUACAGAUACAGUCAGAGAGAAAGCUCUGCAGGAUUACAGAAAGAAGUUGUUGGAACAUAAAGAAGUUGAAAGCAGGCUGAAAGAAAUGAGAGAACAACUUAAAGACCUAACAAAGCAGUAUGAUAAGUCUGAAAAUGAUCUAAAAGCUCUUCAGAGUGUUGGACAGAUUGUGGGGGAGGUUCUGAAACAGCUCACUGAAGAAAAGUUUAUCGUUAAGGCCACCAACGGACCGAGGUACGUGGUGGGUUGUCGCCGCCAGCUGGACAAGGCCAAGUUGAAGUCUGGCACCAGAGUAGCUCUAGACAUGACUACGCUGACUAUCAUGCGACAUCUGCCUCGUGAGGUCGACCCUCUCGUGUACAACAUGAGCCAUGAGGACCCUGGACACGUCACGUACUCUGCAAUCGGAGGACUGAGUGAGCAAAUCAGGGAGUUGCGAGAGGUUAUUGAACUGCCGCUUCUGAACCCGGAGUUGUUCCAGAGAGUCGGUAUCACUCCUCCCAAGGGUUGUCUGCUGUACGGACCUCCGGGCACAGGCAAGACUCUACUGGCCAGAGCCGUGGCCAGCCAGCUGGAUGCAAACUUUUUGAAGGUUGUAUCGAGUGCCAUUGUUGACAAGUACAUUGGAGAGAGCGCUCGAUUGAUCAGAGAAAUGUUCAACUAUGCUCGUGAUCACCAGCCUUGCAUUAUAUUCAUGGAUGAAAUUGACGCCAUUGGUGGACGUAGGUUCUCCGAAGGAACGUCUGCUGACCGAGAGAUACAGAGGACGCUGAUGGAGCUUCUCAACCAAAUGGAUGGUUUUGAUUCACUUGGCCAGGUUAAAAUGAUCAUGGCUACCAACCGUCCGGACACCCUGGACCCUGCCCUCCUGAGACCUGGACGUUUGGACCGUAAAAUUGAAAUACCUUUGCCCAAUGAACAAGCUCGCCUAGAAAUUCUCAAAAUCCAUGCUGGACCAAUUGCUAAGCAUGGAGAUAUCGAUUAUGAAGCUGUUGUCAAGUUAUCUGACAGUUUCAAUGGAGCUGACCUUCGUAAUGUUUGUACGGAAGCUGGAUUGUUUGCUAUCCGAGCCGAAAGAGAAUACGUGAUCCAAGAAGACUUCAUGAAAGCUGUUCGUAAAGUCGCUGAUAACAAGAAACUUGAGUCUAAGCUUGACUAUAAGCCUGUCUAAGAGUGUUGUGUUGUAAAAUAAUUUAUUCAAUAAAAUUUUGGUUUUUCUAUCUAUA